AGAGAGAGAGAGAGAGAGAGAGAAUCCAAGGUAUUUUAUUGCCUCAAUGAGUACGCAGACAAUAGGAGGGGGAGACCGAGCGGGGGCAAGAAUUUUCUAAGGGGAUGAAGGUGUGCAGAAGGAUCACACUGAAUCGGCAUGUCUGUGUCCACAGAUAAUCUCAAAGGCUUCACUUUGGCCCUUCUCUCUAGUGGGUUCAUUGGCGCAAGCUUCAUCAUCAAGAAGAAGGGUCUCAGGCGGGCAGCCGCUUCCGGUGUCCGAGCAGGUGUUGGUGGCUACUCCUAUCUUCUAGAGCCUCUAUGGUGGGUGGGCAUGAUCACAAUGAUUGUGGGGGAGGUGGCAAAUUUUGUUGCAUAUGCUUUUGCUCCUGCAGUUUUAGUGACUCCACUUGGUGCACUAAGUAUAAUAGUAAGUGCGGUGAUGGCUCACUUUAUUCUGAACGAGAGGCUGCAUCCUUUAGGCGUGCUAGGAUGUGUAAUGUGCAUCGCUGGUUCUGUGAUAAUUGUCAUUCAUGCACCACAAGAGCGCGCAAUUAGUUCUGUCCAGGAAAUAUGGAUCAUGGCGACCCAGCCUGCUUUUCUGCUUUACGUUGCAUCUGUGAUUGUGUUGGUCCUGGUACUAAUCUUCCAUUUUGCACCUCAUUGUGGCAAUACAAAUGUGUUGGUGUUCACAGGGAUUUGUUCACUCAUGGGCUCUCUGUCGGUGAUGAGUGUCAAAGCUCUUGGAACUUCACUGAAGCUAACCUUUGAGGGUUCCAACCAAUUGAUUUAUCCAGAGACAUGGUUCUUCAUGACAGUUGUUUUUACAUGUGUCCUCAUGCAAAUGAAUUACCUUAAUAAGGCUCUUGACACCUUUAACACAGCAGUGGUGUCUCCAAUAUAUUAUGUGAUGUUUACAACUCUCACCAUUCUUGCAAGUGUCAUAAUGUUCAAGGAUUGGGAUGGCCAGAGUGGAGGAAAGAUAAUCUCUGAGAUAUGUGGAUUUGUUGUUGUGCUAUCAGGCACAGUUUUACUGCAUCUCACCAUUGAUAGGAAUUCCUCAAUAAAUUAUGCACCACUGUCUCCAUCUUUGUCAGCAUGUCUCAGUCAUGGGAAUGGUGAAAUGAUGAAAUAUACUGAUGAUGAAGAGGGUGUAUCUGGGAGACAGGAGCUGUACUAGAUGCUGUGGCCUAAAUUCUUGAAAAAGUUUCAGAUUCCGCCUUCAGUGUUCCUGAUGCAUGGACAUUAAUUCAUCUGGCCAUGGUAGAUGUCAAAAGACUUCAAACAACGAUGGGAAGCGUCCAACGCUUUGUAAGUAAUUCUCCAGCGCUUGGAGCUUGGUGGCAUCUAGCAUCUUCAUCCAGUAUUCCAUUUGAUUGUGUUGAAAACAAUCACGGCCUUCAUAAUAAUGAAAAAGGUAGCUUUGUCUAAAAACAGUGGCUGGUUGGUUGCUGAACAGUUGUAAAUAUCUUUUGAACUUUGCUACAUUUCACAAAUGAUUUAUCCAUAAUCUUUGUACUUCAUUCAAUAAGAUCCACUUCAGUAUGUUCUUUUC